UGUGUUUGAUGGAUAAAAAGUAAAAACAAAAAAGAAAAACCCAAAGGUAGGCAAAAAGAUAAAUAAGCGGAAGGUGGAGAACAACAAACGGUUCACUGGUGCGGAGGUUGCCUCCACUCUUAUGUGCAUUGGAAAGUCGUAGAAUAAAGGGAAAUUUUGUAGAUUAUUACGAUCUGCUGAAAUCCAUUUGAUCCAUCUCUUCUCGGAAAGAAAGUUUAAAGAACAUGGUGCGAUGAAGCAGUGGGAGAAAGAGAUAGGAGAUGGCUAGAGAAGGCAGAGGAGCCAAAUGGGGUGGUCAUGGUUUGGGUUCAGGUUCAGGUUCAGGUUCGGGUCAGUGCUCCUAUAAAAGGAUCACUGUGAUUGUUUGCUCCGUUAACAUUGUUAUUGCUCUCUAUGUUCUUCAUUCUCUCUAUUCUUCUCUCUACAUUUAUUCCAACAAAGAUCAUGAUGUUGUAAUGCAUACAUCAGAUCAUAUUAAACAAAUGGAAGAAUCAGUUAGGAUUCGAAGAGCCAGUGAACCUAUAGAGCUUGUUAAAUUGGUAAAACGAUUAAAGCAUGGAUUUUCGAGUGAAGAAUCAAUGGCUGAAGCUGAACUGCCCCAAGCAGUUAAGAAUAAGAUAACUGAUGAGAUACUGCAAAGAUUGAGAAGCUUGAGACCAAAUGCCAGUGUCAGUGAGCAGCAUGAAGCGGUUGAAACCUGGCGCAAUGAGAAACUGAAAGAAGCCAAAAAUUUAGCCCUUGGAGGAGAGAGAUUGGAUUCAACUCUUCUGCGAGAGGAAGCAGGGAAUUUAGUAAAAGUCUUGGAGUCAAAUUGGGCUGCACUGUCAGAAGAGAUUGGCCUUUGGAUUCCCAAUGAAAUCAAGAAUCAAGAACAUAAUGAUAAGCCUGAGGACGUGGAAGAUACUGAUGAUCCAGAACAAAUUUUAGCUGGGAGGCCUCCUCUGCCGGAGUGCCGUACUGAACUUCACACUGAUUAUGAUGGUGAUUGUGUUCGAUGGGGUCUUACACAUCACAAAGAAAGUGCAGCUGAUUGCUGCCAGGCUUGUUUAGAUCAGGCGAAAGCUGCGAAACCGGGUGAAAAGAAAUGCAAUAUAUGGGUUUAUUGUCCAUCCGAGACCGGUUGCUAUUCCCCAGAUAAAUAUGAACACAAACACAUGGAGUGCUGGCUGAAAUACUCUGAGAAGCCAAGUCUGAACUUUAAGGACCGAUACCCUGAAGGUUAUAGAAACAGCCACCGGAAUGUUCCUGUUAUUGUUCCUUGGGUAUCUGGUGUCAUUAGUGUCUGAACUUUGAUCAACAAGACGUGACCGUCAGAAGUCAAUCCGAGAUCUCGACAAUACAUGACCAUCAGCAGUCAAUCUGGGAUCUCGCCACAGACUCUAUAGAAUGCCCCGUUUACAUCUAAUCAACAGAACAAUUUUUUUUGUACCACGAAAGGUGUAUUGGUUGAUCUGGUCUCAGCUCGGCACUGAGAGGUAUUUAAGACAUGACCAUCGUUGGUGCUGCUGGCUUUUGAGGUGAGGUUAUUGUAGAAGACAUGAUGAGACUAUAGAAAAGCUUUUCUUUGUAGUUUAAUUAAUUACAUUUUUUUUUGGUAAUUGCAUUUUGAGACGGCAUAAUAAUGAAUGUAGCUUUGAACAUUUAAAUAUUAUAUCAAUUUAAUUUUAAUUUUUAAAA